GUCCGCGCCGCGUGUUGGAGCGCGGGGGGGCGCGCUUCCACUGGGGGGCACACGAGCCCCGGUCGCGUUCCUCGCCCGAGGGGGGGACACGACCAUGCGACGCCUGACGGGCCGGCAGCCCGUCUCGCUGCUCGCGGGCCUCUGCCGUGCCGUCCCGGGCCGCCAGCCAGCGGCGCCCGUCGACCGCUGCUGACGGCGCUCGCGCCAACACGGCCACGUCGACGGCGGCACGUAUGACGCCGGACAACCCAGGCUCGAGUCCAGCCUUCUCGGAAGGCGAGGAAGGAGGCGGAGGACGCAGGGUGGGUGGUGCAAGGCGGGUCUUCAAGUUCCGAAACCUGCGCAGCUUGGCCCGAACCCAACUGGGCCGAGCAGUGAACCGCGCCCGCGAACUCCGAGAAUCCGCGGAAACUGGACUCGGACUCUGUGGUUGGAUCCUCACCGUUCUGUCGUUCGUGAUUGUCGUGGUCACCUUUCCCUUCUCAUUGCUUUUUUGCAUCAAGGUCGUCCAGGAGUACGAACGCGCUGUUAUUUUCCGUUUGGGAAGACUCCUGCAAGGGGGAUCGAAAGGGCCCGGUAUCUUUUUCAUUCUCCCCUGCAUCGAAAACUACACCAAGGUUGAUCUCAGGACGCUAACCUUUGAUGUUCCACCCCAAGAGGUGCUGACCAAGGACUCUGUGACCGUGUCGGUGGACGCAGUCGUGUACUACCGGGUGCACAAUGCGGCGGUGUCCGUCGCCAACGUGGAGAACGCCCACCACAGCACCCGCCUGCUCGCACAGACCACGCUGCGCAAUAUUCUGGGCACCCGGAACCUGCACGAGAUUCUCGCCGACAGGGAGCAGAUAUCCAAUGCAAUGCAGAGCGCCCUGGACGAAUGCACCGAUGCUUGGGGCAUAAAGGUAGAGCGGGUGGAAAUCAAGGACGUGCGUUUACCGGUUCAACUGCAGAGAGCCAUGGCCGCCGAAGCUGAGGCUGCCAGAGAAGCACGAGCAAAGUUGAUUGCCGCCGAAGGAGAGCAGAAGUCGUCUCGAGCUCUGAAAGAGGCCGCGGACGUGAUGUCCCUAAGCCCGGCAGCCCUGCAGCUGCGCUACCUUCAGACACUGAAUACCAUUUCCGCCGAGAAGAAUUCCACCAUCAUCUUCCCGCUGCCCAUAGAUUUCCUCGCCUGCUUCAUGCCUGACAAGAAGAAGCACCGCGCCAUGGAUGCGGACCCGUAGUGGUCCCGGCGUUCGUUCGAAUCGACCGAGAGGGAGAGCUUUGUCAACGCGUCGAACCGGUUCGUAUAGCCUACUGAUGGCGGCUAUAAAAGGUCGGGCCUGAGGUGCCCGCCACUUGUAUCCUCCCAGCGAGUGUGGGGAGCAGUGCACCGACGUUUGUUACGCUGUUGUUGCUGCACGUGUGCUUGAAAGAAAAGUUACAGGGAAGCACGUUGGUACACAUUGUUUGACGAAGAGAGACAUGUUGUUACAUGACGAAACAUGCUGUUAAAGUGUGCGUGAUCUGUUGAUUGUUUACGGGCAUUUAUACGGGCAGUUAUAUGCAUUCGCUCUCAUGUGUUCACAUGGCGCAGGUUAUGUGAGCGGAAGUUGUUUUUCGGUGGUGCUGGCGGAAACCACAUUUGUUUUCAGAGAUCUCUUCGUUGCCCAGUUGAAAAAUUUAGGGCGCGACGCCCGCAUGCUUCAUUGCUAAAAAAAAUCAUGUUUUAAUGCAUGCGGGCGUGUUUCUAGAUGCAAAAGCUGAGAUAGCUUGCGAUGCACUUUAUACCGAUUACAAUUCGUCACCUUCUUAUUGAAUGAAUUAAAACGUCGAGUUACAAUGGAAAUUAAAUGAAGAAGUUGUAACAAACGUACAGGUCUGCUGUCGAAUGAUGUGAGCGAAAAUAUAAAAUCAAGUCAAGCAAAGGACCGCGAAAAACUUGGUCCUUUAUAUUUCGCUGAACAGGAUGUGGAGCUUUUCGACGAAUAAAAAUGCGUAAUAUGGCUGGCAACAUUUGUUAAUGCGAUGCAAUGCAUUUCAAGCAGAGACAAAAAGCACUGUUAAGAGAACUAAAAGGCUCCACUAUCCAUAAGGACCAUUAACAUAAGGCUUUCGUUUAAUAAGUCUGAAGCAACCCCACAGUAUUUUGAGAUGGUAACUUAAACAGUUUCACAUUCACGCUAACACAGCUGUGUUCGUUCAGGAAGCUGAAACGAAUGCAAAUGCCGCGACAUAGAUUGCAAAAAUUAUUUUUCAUUGUUCAUACGUUCAGGCCAAAAUAAUUUACCUUGAACUCUAGCAACGAGUUCCGGUAAAAAUACGGCAGCACCCGCGCCUCAGGUAAGACGCCGCCAUAGGAUGCCGUAGCAAAAUAUACAUCGUUAAAAUUUGAUGGUUGACUUGUCACCGGUGAUCCAUCCGUGUCUUUCUCUUCGAAGCACUUUCGUUGCAGCAACGUUAUCCGCUCGCUUGGCCUGUUGUGUCAUCAUAAGAGCAGGUGCACACUUUGUCGCCACUUGCAUGCAUGAGCGCACCGCACACACACAUACACUGCCCGUGUGCAGCACCGCCUUGGGGCGCGGAGAGAUGGCCGAUGAUGACUGUCACGCAAGAAGCAUCCCGAAGGAAGUUUAGCUCUGGAGUUCGUGGGAAGACGGGGAAGGCUGAGGGGCGUGUAGGUAAUUAAAAAAAGGUCGGGGAAAGCUCCCCUCCCGCCCCCUUCCGCUGAAGGUAACGUCCGGCUGCUGAUACUGGAGCCCAUAUUUCCGGGCUGCUCCGCGAGCGUUUCCGCAAAGACGGCGGCAGCGGUGAGUGCCAUCCGAGCCCCUCCGUGGUUGGCGAGGCCAGUUGGAUAAAGCCGAGCCCUUGAACGCACGCGCAGUUUUCCCCUCUGGGCGUAAGCGGCGGGCGCGCUGUUAGGUGUGCGCUUGCCGCGCCUGCCCGUCAGCACUGCCAGACUGGUCACCACACACUCCUAUAACGCUCUCGCACGUCUGGGCGCCAUAGGCCGAGCAAAAAGUCCUAAACUGUUAUCGCUGCAAUGAGAAGAUACCUACCUCGUGUGACAUUAUGAUGUCAGGGUACGCUUUGAGACAAUGCCUGUCAGCUAGAGAGAAUAAACGUUUCUGAACUCUGAUUGUGAGGCUUUACUAUGCCCACCUUGCAAAUCAGCCGAAGAAUCUGAUCGUUGCUUCCUAUGUCCACAACGUAAAGACGAAGCUUGCGUGUUCAAAAGGCAUUCAGUACCGCUAGUUGUCUUGCAGUGUCUCGAAAUCACAGCGCCAUGUCAAACUAAAUUGUCUCAAGACGUAAGCACCUUACUCGACAAGACGUAUUCAGCUCAAAGUGAUAUUUAAAUUCCAUAGUAUUCACAGGCAGGGAUGUUCAGAAACUUCAUUUAGAGUUUUGCGAGUGUGUGCCAGAAUCCAACAGCUUUGCUAGAACCGUUUGUUUGCAUUUCCUCGCAGCUGGUAUGGUAAGUGUACAUUUUACGGAAAGCAAACAAUGCGCAUUUAUCAAAAGAAUUAAACCUUUCUUUCCGCCAAGUGAAAUGAUAUUGAGAGAACGGUGCGACCAUUCUGGCAGCGUUGGCCUUUACCUAACUUUCACUGUCCUCUGCUGCCCAUCGUCCAGAAAGGGAAGGCUCCUUUACACAGCUUACAAUACGACGUGUCGUGCAUACCGCACUGCCACCGACUGAGUGCAAUGUCUUUUUCUAUGAAAUGUUACACGAGUGCAAAACUGAUUACACGUGCGGCGCAAUGAACUCUUGAGUUACUGGCAACCGCGGGCAAUCUGCACGUAAUACCCAUUAACGAGAUGGUCGUGACAAAAACGAUCGGGCAACUUAUUUGCUAAGGCAAAAUCAGAGUGUAUAGCGAGUGUUGGCGAUAGUUAUUCAUCGACCUUAUUAGCGGCCUAUGGCGGGCUUUCGGUUAUUAAAUAUGUUUUCUUGCUAAAGUGUUUUCGAAUACGAGAAAAAAAAUGAUAAUCGAAAAACUGCCCGUAAUACACUCCAUGCAACGCGGGCAUCGUACUGGACCGACCGUCUCUUGAGUUAAUCAGGCCGCACGCCUUUUCACUUUAUAUAAAUGUGAGGCCAGUAUAAUAGUUAUUUUUCAUGAGAUCAGCUGAUAUUCGAAAACUCCCGUGGUAAACGAUACAAAUUGAUGCAACGUAUCGAGCAAGUUGUCGCGCGACGCCACUGAUUCAAGUUUGAGCGAAUGAAAAGCACAAACUGCCUGCUACUUGCAACACCAUCUAGGAGCAAAGGAACGUGCCAUGCGUGCCAGGAAGCAAUUUUGUUUCGCUGCUUCCCCGCAGCAGUCGUCGAAUUCUGACGGUCCUGCGACGAGCGAGCGUUCACAUCCGACGCGAUCGCGCGCACCGCAUGCGCCCUCCGACUCCAGGAUUUUUUUUUUCCUGCGUUGUCUUCAUAGCUGCAAGAAUCGCGAUCGUGUAUACCUCAACGAUUGACGCGAUGUAUAAACUCUACCGGUAGGGGAGGACGUGAGAGAAAACAAAACAAUAAUAACCACACGCGAUAACUUUCGUAGCCGAACGCGUGAAGUAACUUUUGUAAACUUAUAGCGUUUAGAUAUGAGGUUAUACCUCCGAGAGAUAAUCCAGUAGGCCUAGAUCGAUCUGUUGCUGUCGCAGUACGUUAAUUUGUUCGACCAUGUAGAACGAUCUGAAAUGGAAAUGCUUUCCGCACUACUGAAAAUGCUGGCCACGUCUAGAAGAACGUGGUCAUUUUUUUCUUUUAUUCGUGCGUGCAGGACGAGCUGUCGCGUUGAUUUACCGAUGCUAAAGGCGCCUCAACUAUCUGAGCUUGCAUUACUCUCCUUCCGGUUUGCACGGCUACUGUCAGGGACCUUUUAUUAAAACUUUGAAGCACAGUCAUUUCAAUGACCUACAAAUCCGUUCUAGUUCGACGUGUCGGUUAAUCUGUGGAGGUCCCAGUCGCUCCAAAACGGAACACACGUAAAGGGUGGCUGUGCAGCGUCGACAUUAAUGCGUCUCUCCACCAGGCGUCGGUUCCGAACGACGGUUCACCAAUACUUCGCUAAAACUGGUAUUAAAUUACGGGGCUGCAUUAUUAGUGACAGCUUGAGCCCUGCACGAUAGUGGUGUUCAAGGCCAAUUGUUACAUCACUCGCUGACGUAGGUUACUUCCCGUCUCAAGAAUGGGCACUCUGCUCCACCGGUGGACGCUGAAAAUGAUGCAAUAGUAAAAAAAAAAAAAAAACGCGUAUUCAAAGUAUCGCAUUCUUACCUACAUAUAAAAACGUAGUGUUGUCAAGGUUUGUCGAACGUCAAGGUUCUCUUCGUUCCUAUUAACCCGACAUCGUACCUUAUAUAGGCUUGGACAGCAAGAAUAAGAAAAAAAUAUGUUUUAUUAUUUCGGUGGGUAAGUGUUCUUUUAGCGCUUUUUGUUUUUUUGUCUUGCUAUUGAUGUAUGGCUCGUUCUUCAUUACUGCAAACUUUUGUAUAAAUCCGCACGACCACAAUAUUUAUCAGCUCACAGCUUCAUAUAUUUAUUUGGCAGAUUACCUAGUUUACGCAGCCAGCUAGAGACGUAAAUAUAGAAGUAUGAGACAACAAAUAACCCGUGACGGCAGGUUCCCUAAUACAUUACGCAGUAGCGACAGUUUUUGUGACGCGCGUGUCUGUCUGUAAUGAGAGCACGGAUAUUUCUCUGAUUGUCUGUAGUUUGUAAGUAUAUCUACCUGCUUGUCAUAUUGCACGUAAGCAGCUUAUUACAAUGCGCAUGGGAAAACAACAAUUAAAAUAAGUCUAACAGUUUCUAUAGGCAAAGUCGCUGGUAACUUUGAAAAGUAUUUUUGUAGUCCAACAUAUCCAUGAAUUAACCUGACUGCAUUUAUUCCGCGUUUCUUAGCCGAUACUAUUAAAAAUGGAAGCAUCGAAAAUGUUCCAGCGUUAGCUGCGAUGAAAUAUUUCCUUCAAGAGGAGUAUUGCGCACGAACCAAAAAAAUAUUCUAAGAUCACGAAAUUCUGUAAUCUGGCUACGAAUGGUCGGUUGUCGGCUCUGCACGGAAAGCUUGUUUUGAGCUUCUAUUCUAUAACUUCAUUUACCGGAGAAAGAAAGCUGAGUAUUAUAGAAAAUAGGUCAACACAAGCAGGAAUCUGCCGUUGCAUCCAGGUACGAUCCCCAAAUAAUUCGUCCUAAUUCACUCCAGGAGUGACAACAGCUUCAAAUUGACGCGGAAGUGUGUUCGUGCGACAUCAUGUAAAAAUAAUAAGACAGAAAAAAAAGAACGACGGAGUACCAGGAAAGUUACGCUAUACCUAGAUGGUGUGCAUCAUUGUCGUUUGUGUGAGAUACGCGUAUACACGCAACAAAGACAGUAUGCGCAACUGUACAUACAGAUGGCACCACAUCGACAUCGUUCACUUUUAUUGAUAUGCAAGUAGAGCUACGCCCUCUGUGUGGAAAGAGGAGAGUAGCGGUGAGGACGUUCCUCUUUCCUUUGCCUGAUUCCUGCGCUUCGGAGACAUUCCUGUGCAGCGUUAACUGUGUAGCGUCAGCUUCUGCUGUUUAUCCUGUAUACGUGUUGUUUGCAUUUGACGAUGUACGCAUCCCUCCUUGCCCGAGUGUCUGCUUAUGUACAAUGUUUAUAGACAUGGACAAUAAAUUCAAGUUUGAUUCUGUG